AUGCGUUUUACUACAAUUUUCGUUUGUGUUCUUGUGUGUCUUUUCGUCGUUUCUAUCAAAGCUACUGAUGAUGAAAGACGUGGAAAAGGUGUUGCAUUGGGAGUUCGUCGACAAACAGCAGGCGUCAAUGCAAGUCCAUUGGUCGUUAGUGAUCAAGAUACUCAAAUUCUAAGUGAUGAUAAGGCAGCACAAAAGGAAUUGGACGAUUGGCUUUCAAAAAAUGAAAUUCAAUUUCUUCCACAUUAA